AUGGGGAGGGGGCUGGAGAAGACCCCAUAUAGAAUUCCCUCCAAUGCCUGCAACAGGUGACCUAAUGUCCCCACUUGGGGGGAAAAGCCAUUUGAACUGCAAAGCUGUAGAAAGGCAACUACAAUUUCCCUAAGGGUUUUUUGGUGGAAGCAAGGAAGGGGACAUGAUAUGAGGAGAUUAGAAAGCAAAUCUCAACCAUCUUUUCCCCUUGAUUAAAUGCUCUCCUAGAAGCAAUUUCAGCCAGUCGUUUUUCCGGUCAGCUAAACAAAGUGAAUACUCAUGGAUGGCUGUUCAAAAUACAGUGGUACCUCGGGUUACAUACGCUUCAAGUUACAGACUCCGCAAACCCAGAAAUAGUACCUCGGGUUAAGAACUUUGCUUCAGGAUGAGAACAGAAAUCGCGUCAGCAGCAGGAGGCCCCAUUAGCUAAAGUGGUGCUUCAGGGCAAGAACAGUUUCAAGUUAAGAACGGACCUCCAGAACGAAUUAAGUACUUAACCCGAGGUACCACUGUAAUAGUUUAAAAGCAGCUGUGAAUCAAAGCAGCUAUCAUCAAACCCUGUACCACUUGCUAUGAUGAACCAAAGUGCAGGAGAAGACCAGGUCAGUAAAUUUACCGCUGAGUAAAUUGUCCAGGGAUAUUUUUUUCCCUCCUGGCAAAGGCCAGGCAAAAAUAUUUUGGGGACUCUCACAUCCUACCAAGGAUGACUUUCACAUCUGCAUGCACCCUUUUCUGGCCUGGAGUUUUGGCUGCUGUUCAGUUUCCAGAACAGACAGCAGUGAUGGACACAACAUCGCUCGGUCUGUGAAUCAUCCACCUGCCUGUGAAUCUUUGUGGGUUAACCAAACUGUUGCAGACAUUGGGACUGGCUCUGUUUUGCAGGAGGGAUUCCGGAGCAUUCCGUAACUUGCGGUUUACACAGUUGAAGUGGAUUAAAGUGCUCUGUUGCCCUGGUGCAACAAAUCUGCCACAAAAAAAUGGAGCUCCGUCCCACUAUACAUCAGGUAGCCACCAUCUUUUCAGUGCCUAUUGAAAACCUUCCUUUUUUCAACAAGCCUUUUUUAGGGGCAGUUUUCCUCCCAGUCUGCAUCUGUAUUGGAUUCAAACUCGUUUUUUGCUAAUGAAAUGGAUGCAAUUGAUUUUUUACAUAGGAUGUUGUGGCUGUUGUUAUUGUUAAAUCACUUCGAUAUAUUUUAUAGGAAUAAAUUCAUGAAUGGAAUGAAAUAAGGAGUACAGUGGUACCUCGGGUUAAGAACUUAAUUUGUUCUGGAGGUCCAUUCUUUAACCUGAAACUGUUCUUAACCUGAGGUACCACUUUAGCCAAUGGGGCCUCCCACUGCUGCCAUGCGAUUUCUGUUCUCACCCUGAAGCAAAGUUCUUAACCCGAGGUACCAUUUCUGGGUUAGUGGAGUCUGUAACCUACUCUGAGCUGAAUAAAGAGCAUGAAAUCCACACUCGACUCCGAGUAUAUUUCACCAGAGUAUCCAAAACCUGAUGGAGAGUUGAAUGCAGUUCAGCACAAUCUCUCUCUCUCUCUCUCUCUCUCUCUCUCUCUCUCUCUCCCUCUCACCCUCUCUGCUUCUCCUUUUAAUAAGCAGGGCUUGGUGCUAAGGUUGCAGAUGUGCAAAGGUGCUGAAGUCCCUUCCGGCAAAGCAGUGAUAUCUUUUCGCUGAAGUGCAGGAAGAGGAGGAAGAAGGUGGGCUGUGGUGUGGGCUGCACUACCGGUAAGUGUGUUGCAGGUCCUGAAGGAAGAGCUCUGCCUGUCUCUUUUCACGCUACGGCUGCAGCCCUGUGCACCAGGAGACUUGCCAACCUUGCUCACUCAUCAGUCCUCAUUACCACUCCAUCCCGAAUGCGUUUGUUUGCUCUAGACCCUUUCCUGGCCUCCUUAUGAGUCAUGGUUAGAAACUGGAAUUUUGCUCCUUCACUUGAGUGACAGGAAGGCAGGCAUGGCUAGGCGAGGAAGUGACUCACUCUCCCUUCUGCCUACACGGAUUUUCGAUGGAUCAUUUCUGGUAGGGCUACCAGAAUGGUUUCGUUUUUCAGAUAAUCCCCUAGUCCCAAUUCUACUUGACUAGAUGAUCCUCUUUUUUUUUUUUAUAAGAUAUUUAUUGAAAUUUUCAGAGUGUUACCAAAUAAAAUAAAAGCAGUAGAAAAUACAAAAUAAAAAUAAUUAACAAAGUAGAAAAAGAAAAAAAAACCCCUUCCAACCGUAUGAAUACAAAUUCAAAGAUAAGAAAAAGUGACAAAAAAAGAAAAAAAAAGAAAACACAGAAAUACAUCACACACAAUUAAAAAACAUUUAAAAACAAAUUCAUUAUUCUCAAAUCCUCAACUGUCAUUACCUUCUUUCUUUGAACUCCUCCUCCUCCCUUUCUUUGUAUCCUAGUUAUUAAUUAUCCCAGCAAAUCCUUCCCAUAUUUCAUAAUAUUCUGUCAUUACAUUACCCUAAACUGUUUUAAUCUUAUCUUUCUAUAAUAAAAUAAACCUUAAAGCUUGAAACUUAAAUCUUAUCCUUACCAACUUCUCAUAACCAUAAUAUUCUUUCAUAAUUCUUUAAACAUCUUUACUAAAGCCAAGUAAUUUCAUUCCAACAUUUUUCUAACAUUCAUCAAUUUUAUAAAACAGUUCUAAUGGUAGAAAAAAGAAAUACAAACAAAUCCAAUCUUCAUCCAACGUCCCUUCCUCCUGGUUCCGGGUUUUGUCAGUCCUUAUUAUCCCAUCGAUCUGGCCCAUUAACCUGGCAACCUUAUAUCCGAGGCCCUUAAGUCUCUUCCAUGUCCCUUUCGCAGCUCUUCUUCAUAUUUGUAAUUGUAUUUUCCCUUGUCUCCUGCUCGUGGUAACUCCAGCUUGGCAAUAUUUUUAACCCUUCUUGACAGGUCAGCCCCUUUUCCAUAUUCAGCACUGAAUUCCAUAUGGUAUUUAAAAGCAUGUUUCAAAGACCCUCCAAAAUUAAGAGCCCCCACAAUCCCAAACAUCUCACGGCCCAUUGCCAGAUUUGAAAAGUUCAAACAUCCCAGCAUAGGGGGGUCAACCCAGGCCCCCAUUUCCAAGACAAACCAAACUUUUUCUUUCCAAAUCUGGCUUUUUCCAAGUUCAUUUGUCAAAUCCGAAAACUCAUAUUCCUGUUGGGCCUGUUCUGUCAGGACACACUCCUGAUUUAAUUCCUGAGUGGGCUCCACAUAUUUUCCCACUGUCUGUUCAAAAUUUCCCACUGCCUGUUCAAAAUUUCUAGUCGAAGUCGUCAUCCAAUUCACCUUUUCAUGUAAUUGUUCCAGUAGGGCAUUUGUUUUAUAGAAAGCCCACAACAAAGCUUCUGAAUACAUUGUCCUGCAAGGUCAAAUGCCUGUUCCCAGGAUUGUUAUCUGUAACAGCUGCCGGCUCCCUGGAGUUGGUUACAGUUACACAGUCUCCCUCUAGGGGGAAAACUUCUAUUUGUUCUUGCAACAAAGUUUCCCUUUUUGAGAUACUUUGUCAAUAUUUGUUGCUUAAAGAUGCGAAGGGAAGCAGUGGAAUCGCUAUGUUUCUCUUCUUUUAGCUAUCUGUCAAGAACGCUUGUCUCUGGUCAAUGAACUUCAAACGUCAGUCCUGACACCCCGCUCCAGGAUCAGGACGGAGGAAAGUUACUUUACUGUAAACUCACUUUAAACAGUCCGGAAAAGAUCCACCUCCUUCUCCUGCUGUCGAAGGGGGGUCCACAAUUUUAAAUGAUGAAAUCCAAUCCUUUAAAGGCGAUUUUCUAAGCUCUAGUUUACGUUGUCUUUGCUUUAUUCUGUCUACAGAAGAACGGAAGGCUGACUUCCUGUUUAAACCUUCCCGUUCCGUACCAAAUUUAAAUAGGUUUUUAAAAUCCAGUUCCUUUCUGCUCGCAAGUCCUUAUCUAAUGUCCAGUUGUUCAAAGUCUAAGUACUCACGGGUGCUUAUUUUAGAGUCCGAAUUGUCCCAGGAAAAAGGCAGCGCUCUUCGGCAACGGCUAUGCGGCUUCGCUCCCCGGAAAUAGCAGUUGACUCACAGCACCGCGCCACUUCCCCCUCUUCACUUCGGAGCCCGUUAGUGGGUUCCUUAGCGAGUUGGGGGGGGCGCUAAAGGUGCCCGCCGAGUCCCAUGGUCACAGGCUUCAUCCGCCUGUGAUUUUUAAAAGGGUCCCCGCUUCGCCGUAGCGGAAAAGACCCGUUUCCCGCGGAGCUAGUCCCUCCUGUUCAGAGGGAGUCCGCCAUUGCCGAUGGCGCCACCCCGGAAGUCGACUAGCUGAUCCUCAAGGGCCCCUUCCGAUUCUGCGGUUCUAUGAAGUAUACCUGCGGAAUGAAAAGAACGUGGCUUUUUAACUUUUAAUGGAUGCUGAAAAUGUGGGAGAAGACAUGAACCAGCUCAUUUUGAGCUGAAGACAUGGAUGGUGCCCUAUCUGCUUUCAGGGCUGCUUCUUCCUAGAGAAGAAUUUUAGAUUUUUCCAGCGGGGGGGGGGGGGGAAUCUAAGCCAAAAUGGCCCUGAUGAGCAGGGAGACCUCAUGCUGUGUUCUGAGAGGCUGUUGGGGACAGCCUGCUUCAUAGCGCUGAAGUCUUAGUCCAGGAUCCCUGAGGUCAGUUUCUGCACCUGAAGUUCAACAGAGGACCCAGCAAGGAAGAGCCAGACUGGCAGACCCAGAGACUUCGUGGUUGCUGAGGUUACCUGAAAUAUACUCGAGUGUGGAUUUCAUGCUCUUUAUUCAGCUCAGAGUAGUGAGGAAUGGAAGUUCCCCUGAAAUGUCUGCUUUAUAUACAUUAUUUACACAAUGGGCCCCACGUGAUUGACUAAUUCUGGGAUUCUCCUGUAGGCCAAUCAGGUUGUGGAUUCACUUCCACCCGGAGUUGGAUUGGGUGGCUCCUGUGGACCAAUCAGACUGCUGCAUUCUGGAUCCUAUUGUUCUAGGACCAAUCAGACUGCUACAUUCUGAAUCCUAUUGUUCUAGGACCAAUCAGACUGCUGCAUUCUGAAUCCUAUUGUUCUAGGACCAAUCAGACUGCUGCAUUCUGAAUCCUAUUGUUCUAGGACCAAUCAGACUGCUGCAUUCUGAAUCCUAUUGUUCUAGGACCAAUCAGACUGCUGCAUUUUGGAUCCUAUUCAACUCAGUACAUAACGUUGCCUUUCUUCCCCCUCCUGUGCCUGAGUGUACACACACUUCCCAGUUGCCUUACUAAGGGAGGCCCUCACGUUUAGCCGGAGGCUAUAAGGUUCCAAAGGAUGCCUGAAAGAUGGAGAAGGGGGUGGAUCCUUCCUCCUCUUCCAUAUUAGGCAAACUUGGCUGCUUGGGAGACAAUGAAUGGGCAUCUGAGUCACCAACCCGUACAUGACGUGAUGCAGGAGGCCUGAUCUCACAUUCGCUCUGCAGCCGCCGCCGCGAAAGGGAUCAGGCUGGUUUAAGGCGGGAGGUUGCAGCUUUCUAAUUUUAGCAAUGUUUGCUUUAGAGUAAGGAGCUGACGAUUCCCACUGGCAUUCGGUACCCGCUCGGGGGCUGAGUCAGACCCAUGCAGAACAACAUUUGACCCAGUAAAAAGAUACAUGGCGCCGUUGCCAAGAGCUGCGUCUCCAUGUCACCACAGGCCGUUUGCGUCUGAGUCAUCCCGGAGCAAAGAUGAGUUUCAAGGCUGGGUGCCGCUAGCUCAGGAGAAACGGCUCCGGGCAAAGGAGAGGGAUUCUCUUGGGAAGCAUAAAAGGCAACGUUGGCGAGAUGGAAAUAAGCACAUCAGAAGAGCUCUGCAGGAUCUGCCCAAUGUCCCAUCUAGUCCUGUUCUCACAGUGGACAGGUAGAUGUGCCUCUUCUAGGAAGCCCCACAAGCUGGACCAGAGCAUAAGAGCCCUCUCCCCUCCUCUGGCUUCCGGCCAUUGGUAUGCAGAAGCACUCUGAGCUCAUAGAAAAGUUGAGUGACCAACCAUAAGGGCUGUAGGCAGGGCAUGGAACCUUACAGAACAGCCUCAGGGAACUCUUCAAAUCCGUCAACUCAGAGAGAAGAAGACGAGUUUGGAUUUGCUAUCCCGCUUUAUCACUACCCUAAGGAGUCUCAAAGCAGCUAACAAUCUCCUUUCCCUUCCUCCCCCACAACAAACACUCUGUGAGGUGAGUGGGGCUGAGAGACUUCAAAGAAGUGUGACUAGCCCAAAGUCACCCAGCGCUGAAUGUGGAGGAGCAGGGAAUCGAACCCGGUUCACCAGAUUACGAGUCCAUUGCUCCUAACCACUACAUCACACUGGCGUCAGCUGACAGAGAGGUUUUUUUCUUUUUCAAUUUUUUUUGAAGAGGGAAGGGUAGGGGGAGAUGGAAAUUGCAGGGUAUGGGUGCUUUAAACCACAUAUCCAAAGUCAUUUUAGGACUUUAUGGCCAUUAAAUGCAUCAUGCAUAACUUGGUUUACCACAGAGGUUUUCACGUCUUAAUAUAAAAAAAGGGCACUCAUCUCGCUUUCAGGCCGAGGGAGCCAGCAUUUGUCCACAGACAGCUUUUCAGGUCAUGUGGCCAGCAUGACUAACCCGCUUCUGUCACAAUUGGACACAGUGACAGAAACCAGAGUGCACAGAAAUGCUGUUUGCCUUCCCGCCGCAGUGGCAUGCUUUCAAACUGCUAGGUUGGCAGGGACGUCUUAAUAUACCAUCGACCAUUGAUACCAUCAACCAUGGUUUCCUUCUGGACCGUCUAGAGGAGAUGGGAACUAGGGGCACUGUUAUGCAGUGCUUCUGCUCCUUUCUCCUGGGCCGUGUCCAGAAAGUGGUGUCGGGGUGUGUGUGAGAGUGUUUGGACCUCUGGGCACUCACUUAUGGGGUGCCUCCGGGCUCUGUCCUCUCCCCCAUGCUUUUCAACAUGCUGCUGGGAGAGAUCAUCGGGGGUUUGGGCUGCGUGAUCACCAACAUGUGGAUGAUACCCAGAUCUACCUCUUGUUUAAAUCAGAACCAGUGAAGGUGGUGGACAUCUUGUCUGGGUGUCUGGAGGCAGAGGGGGGUGGAUGCAGUGGUGGAGCAACAUGCUGCAGCCCCCGGAGCGGAGAACAGGCAGGGACAUGGCUGGCGUGCAUCCCGGGGGCAUGUCCCGUCACCCAUGGGGGGGAAGUGUCGCGCAUACAGGGUUGUGCGGGAUGCAGCGCGUGUCCUGGGCGGCGGCCAUAAUGGCACCCUUUCCCCAAAUGGUGCCUGGGGAGAUACACUUCCCAGCCCCCCUUCGUACGCCAGUGGGUGGAUGGCCAUUAACGGAUUGAGACUGAAUCCCAAGACAGAAUUACUAUUUCGUGGGGGGGAGCAGAUGUGGGGAAUUCCCUGGUCCUGAAUGGGGUAAAUGUGCUCCGAAAGGACCAGGUGCACUAGCCAAAACCAAUAAAAGCAGAAACCACCGACCAUUUAGUAUGUGUUUGGGAGGGUAAAAAGAACCAUCUCAGAAAAUAAAUUCAAAAGUUUUCCCCACCCCGGCACAAACACUCCCUGCAUCCUUGUCUCUCAAACAUAAAAUGCUUUCUUCUGCCAACAUAAGUCAGUUUUGAGAGUGGGGACCACAGACAGAGAGGCUGUGACUGAGCCGAACAGCAGUUUGCUGCAUACAAUGAAAGACAAGAGUGGCCUCAAAACCAUGCCGAAAAUCUUGGUUCAGUCCCAUUAACUACAAACCCCCAAAUUUGGGAUCCUCUGCAAACCUGUGCCAAAAUUUUGCAGGGUUUUUGUUUUGUUUUGUUUUUUGUUGCAGCAAAAACCCUGCAUUUUGCAGCACCGCACAAACUGAGCAAUUGAUCAAAUGUGGGGUUUUUGCUGCAAAAAAAUGAUGCAAAACCCCCUCCUGCAAAACUUUGGCACAGGUUUGGAGGAGAUUCCAAAUUAUGUGGUUUGUAGUUCUUUUGCCUCCUUGGCUCUGCUGUGGCCAAGCUUCGAAAUCUUGCACCCGUUGCCAAGAGCUGGGUGAUGACGCCAGGGCAGCAUCUGGGCUAGACUCUGAAACGCUGAGAAGGUGGUUCCAAUUAGAUGCCUUUAGGAAGCAGGUGUGAGUCCUGAGCCAAACAGGAAUUGGUUUCUCAAUUCCCCUCCUGCCCCUGGAGCAGUUUGGGGUGUUUAAUAGUCACUUGAUCCAACAGUCCCACCCUUUGUCAAGAGGAAAUGGCCUUCCUCCUCCAGUCAAGGCUUCUAGUGUUUAAGUCAUGUGAUGCCACAAGAAAUCCCUGCAACAAGGGCUAAAGAAGAAACAGGUUAUGGAGUGGGACAAUGAGAGAGAGAGAGAGAGAGAGAGAGAGGGAGCUCUGGUCUCCUAGCUUUCAUCCUUGCUGUGGCCUUGAAUGAAAGUUUUCUGCUGGGCAUCAGGGCUUUUUCACACUAAUUUUCCUCCACAUUUUCUAGGCACAGGCCUAUGAUUUCCAGUCAUGUCUGAGCGCUUUCCUCCCUGCCUGCUUUCCCCAGGGGUUGGACUAGAUGACCCUCAUGACCCCUUCCAACGCUACAACUAUGAUUCUACUAUCAUGACUGUGCAAUGAAAAGGCUGUCCAGAGGGGCUCUUUUGGUAUAGGCUCCUUCAAGCCAGGACUUGGGCUAUUUUAUCAUUAUGUUACCAUGUGAAAUGUCAUGGACACUGAAGGGCACCAUACAAUUAGCAUAGCUGCUGCUGCCACCUCUACUACUACUAUUAGUAAACAAUAAGGGACAUGGGUGGCACUGUGAUCUAAACCACUGAGCCUCUUGGGCUUGCUGAUCAAAAGGUUGGCGGUUCGAAUCCUCAUGACAGGGUGACCUGCCGUUGCUCUGUUCCAGCUCCUGCCAACCUAGCAGUUCAAAAGCAUGCCAGUGCAAGUAGAUAAAUAGGUACCGCUGUGGCGGGAAGGUAAACGGCGUUUCCGUGCACUCUGGUUUCCAUCACAGUGUUCCGUUGCACCAGAAGCGGUUUAAUCAUGCUGGCCACAUGACUCAGAAAUCUGUCUGUGGACAAACAUCGGCUCCCUAGGCCUGAAAGUGAGAUAAGCGCCGCAACCCCAUAGUUGCCUUUGACUGGACUUUCCCGUUCAGGGGUCCUUUAUGUUUCCCUUUUAGUAAACAAUAAUAAACAAUAAUAAUUCAAACUUUAAUCAGCUUAACAAUAUAAACUAAAGUGCUGUAGAUUAUUCUGGUUAUGGUGCCUUAUGGUUUUGGUGCCUUUGGGGAACGAAAAAUAAAAUAUUUAAGAUGAUUCUUUCCUCACUUUUAGCAGUAAGGCACGGGAGCCAACUACUAGGGGCCGAGAUCCCUUCGGCCACCCCAAUAAAAUAUUUGAGAGGGUGUCGUCCCCCCCAAAGUUGAUGGGCAUUGCUGUUCAAAUGGUUUGUGUGUGCCAUGUCAUGUAACUGAUUGCAUGGAGCAGAGCUUACCUGGCAAUAUUUUAUUCAAGUUGGCACCCCAGCAGGGAGGGAACGCUUUUGUUUAUUAUCCCACAUUUUUUUUCAGCGUCCUGAAAAAGCCCCCCUUACCGAGGUCCUAGUAAUACGCAAAGGUUUAAAAGUAGCUUCUUGAAUAAUCAACCAGUUAUCCCAUCAGUUAAUUGAUUAGUCAACAAUAAUAGGUGCAAUCCCAUUGAACUCAAUGGGACUCUUACUGCCGCUGAGCAGACAUGUGUAGGAUUGCACUGUAAGUAGGUGAAGCCCCUUUGGGUUGGAGACAGUUUAACAGCCAGGAUCCCCUUAUGGCUGGGCUUAUGAAAGUGCACCGGGAUGGCCAACCCACUUGCCAGGUGACUGUGAGUACAGGAUGAGAGAUGGGAAACUGGCUGUGCUAUCGUGGGGCUGAUGGGAGUUGGAGUCCAAUGCCAUCUGGUACUCUACCCCCGAUACAGAGCAUAGCUGUCAACGUUUCCCUUUUUUUAAGGGAAAUUCCCUUAUUCCGAAUAGGAUUCCUCACAAGAAAAGGGAAAAGUUGACAGCUAUGAUACAGAGGGAUGAGUUCAUCUUCUAGCAACCAUGGAGGGAACACUUUCUAUGGCGGGGCUGGGGCUGUGUGCUUUGCACAUUUGGUUUCCCCCCUGCAUUCACCUGGAGGAGACACCAGCCCCAGAGCUUCCUGGCUGUGUGUUUGAGUUGUAAGGAAGGGGGCCGCUGACCUCAGCGGCGGCUGGCACUGCAGGUUUGCACGUAGGCAUUGCCCUUUGCCAAACGUCAGAGAGGCAAUUCUGCCAGCACGAGCCUCCUGUGAACCAGAAGGGAUUGGCGGGCCUAGGACUUUGCUCCUGACAUCGUGGGAAGUGUCAGGCUUUGACAAAAGGAGAUUUUGAGCGAGGCGGAGCAGCACAUUCUCAGAAACGCUUCGUGUUUGUUUGGGUGGUGUUUUUUUUUUAAAAAAAUACUAUCUUAUUUUCUCCCUUUUUUAUCAGUUUUCUUUGUUAUGCAACUUAACGGAAGCACUUCUUGCUACUUGUUUAGUUUUGUUGUGUUUUGUUUCACCAGUUUUGACUGCAUUUCUGUACCACACUUUGGGCCAGAAAGAAGCAUGCAAAAUAAUUUUUUUUCAGAGGCAGCAAAUGUCUCUUGAGUGAGUUGAGUGAGAUGCCAAGCAAGGCGGGUCCUGAGGAGUGUGCAUGGUUUUUUUUUGGGGGGGUGAUAUCGAGCCCUAAGCCCAGCAUCUGUGAAAGUUAUUAUGACUACUAGCUAGCAAAAUGCUCACGGACCCUCCAAGUGCCCCUAUUUUCCAGGGACAGUCCUGGAUUUACAGAAGCUGUCCCGGUUUCUGAUUUGAUCCCAGAAUGUCCGGCUUUUCCUUCGGACAUUCCUAUUUCCAUCGGAGAAAUGUUGGAGGGUAUGGAGAUAUGCAACCCGCCCCCAACCCAAGCCAAGGAGAUAAGUUAAGUAACCAUACAACCUUAGAAGACAUCUAAAGGCAGCCGUAUAUAGAGAAGCUUUUUAAUGUUUAAUGUUUUGUUGUGUUUUUAUGUAUGUUGGAAGCCACCCAGGUUAGCUGGGGCAACCCACUCAAAUGGGUAGGGUAUAAAGAAUGAAUUUAUUUAUUUAUUUAGGAUGUCCCUAUUUUCAUUGGCGAAAUGUUGGAGGGUAUGAAGUGUUAGGAGCUCAUCCUACACUCGAGUAGGACCCUGGCAGAGACACAUGCCCGACUGGCAUGUUCUAUCCCUCCUGGUCUUUUGUUCGGGAGCUUCAAAAGCUUUCUUCUGCCCGAACAUCACAGCGACCGAUACCAAUUGACACCGGCACACUUAGGGAUCCGCAGGGUGUUCGCAGUUUGCGUAACAGACCUCAGCAACUCAGCAUUUUGGCUAAUCUACUUUAUUUACAUAUAAACACACACGGAGCGCAGCAACAUGGCUCCUCUCUCUCUAGCAUCAGACAGCAAAGAGAAAAAACAAAGGACAAUAGUCCCACUUCACGGAACACAGUAACACAAACAUCCUGUCUCUGUCACUUCCCACUUUGUGGGAACAUAUACCAUCAAAACAUAUACCAUCAUGUGAUAGACAACAAUCCCAUGACUGCAAUCACGGAGCAGGAAUUCUAACAUGAAGACACCCCCCAGCAACAGUGCCUACCCUUCACACCAGAGAAGAAGGCCAUAGCUCAGUGGUGGUAGAACAUUUGCCUUUCAUAUGGAAGAUCCUAGGUUCAACCUCCAGGCAGCAUCUUCUGGUAGGGCUGGGAGAGAUUCCCUGUCCAAAACCCUGGAGAGUCACUGCUGGUCCACAUAGACAAGACACAAAGCUGUCUAUCCCUGGCAGCCUGCCAUGCGGUGUGGGGAUCGGAUUCCCUGAUGCCUGACAGUUCCCAUGAACAAUAAGACAUGAAGAGGGCUUACCUUCUCGGUUUGGUGUGCUUCUAGGUUGAUGAGGAGAGUCCGCCAGUAUUUGGGACUCACCUUGUCCUCACUUUCAGAGAAGAGGGAAGAGGAAGAAGUGCGCUGCUGGUGUUGCCCCAUACGCAGUGGGCCAAGGUAAGAGUGUGUGUGUGUGUGUGUGUGUGUGUGAAAGUGAAAGACCCAUUCAUUCAACUGAUAUACCACCCUUUAUCAAGAGAUUCCAGAGCAGCGUCAGGGCCAGAUUUAGGUUUGAUGAGGCCCUAAGCUACUGAAGGUAAUGGGGCCCUUUAUAUGUCCCUCUGUGUCAACAGCAAAUUUUCACUGUAUUUUGUGUUGAAUAUAUGCUAUAUGGUAAUUUAUGGACCUGAUAGGUAUCUAAAACCAUUUGCACAUGUUGCCAUGCAACCAGUCCACGCAGAAUGUAGGCACCCUAUGUAUAGAAACGAGCAAAUAUUUUUGGGAGCAGGCUAGCAGGCGGGGCCCAUUACUUACAUCAUAGGAGCCUUCGCAACACAAAACACUGUUGCUGUAUGUAGGUUUUAUUUUAUUUGUUUUUUAUCUUAUAUUUUGGAAAUGUACAUCCAGGUGUUUUUUUCCUUUAAUUUUUUUGGGGGGCCCCCAAGAGAGUAGGGCCCUAAGCUAUAGCUUGUUUAGCUUAUACGUAAAUCCGGCACUGCAGCGUAUAACAUUAAAAACAUGCUACAGAACAUCAGUGAUAAAAACAUAAUAAAAAACACCCUGACUGACAGCCUAAUUAAAAAAAUAGUCAUCAUCAUAGCAAUCCUCUCUGCCCCACACUUUCACAGACCACAGACGAUUUAAUAGCCAUAAGCCUGGGUAAAGAGGAAUGCUUUUGCCUGGCGCUGAAAGACAUGUAGUGAUGGCACCAGGCGAGCCUCUCUGGGGAGAGCAUUCCACAAUUGGGGAGCCACCACAGAAAAGUAUCUGCAGCAGGGUCCUUGGUCUCUAUCAACCUAGAAUCACCCAAUAAGCAUGAAAGGGUUGCUUUUAAAGCCUCUCUGUGCUCCGAAGCUAAGCAUUUGGGAAUGUGGAAACCACAAGGGUGGUUUCAGUUCCAAGAGAAUGGUGCGCAAGUUCUAUUAUGUACAACGGAACUUCAGGUAAUGCACAGAUUUAGUCACUUCUAAAGAAGAUAUGGUGGUCCCUCAAAUGAUUUGCACAGAGAAUAGCAGAUGUAGCUGAAAGGCAGAUCUGCAUUGAUCAUUGCAUUACAUCCCUAAUUAUGAUUGUUGCAUAAGGAUAAGGUUAUCAUAGAAGGGGGCGUGGCUGCGACUAUCCUGACGCAAACCUGCACUUCUGAAUUUGCCACUCCACCACUGCCUGCAUGGAGACAUCCUCCCCGUAGCUUCUAUUGUGUUGGCUGACCCAUUGAGAAGAGGAACUCUGGGGCUGCUCUCUUCAGUCAUAGAAGGGAAGUUGCCAGCAGGUAGCGUGCAAGCCAUGGGGUCAACUAGAAGGGAAGGGAAGGGAUGGGACCCCUGCAAUUUGGGUUUUCUCCUGAGGCAUUCAAAUGUCUUGGGCUGCCAGCCCUGAAGGUGAAAGCGUGAGGGCUUUGGGGAGUCUUCUAUUUUACACAAACACACAGAUUUCGCAAGAGACUUUUUUUAGGGAGGGAAGUUGAGCAGACAGAGGGAAAAUAUCCUUGACAGCCUUCUUUUUUAGUCUAGCCCAACCUGAAAUACAGGAUUUCCUGGCCAGGGGCCUCCUGUGUGGAGGUUGUGUAAGCCACACAUCGCAGGUGCUGCUGUUGCAGCUGCCUUCAGUUAACUCCUUCAGUUCCUCCGGCCUGGCCCUGGUCGGCCUCCCUUCUCUCACCAAGGGAGAACAAGACAUGCCUUAGCACUCUCUGAGGCCAGCCAGACUCUCUCAGGGCCAAUCCUUCUAGGCAGGCUGAUGGUUUUGUUGCUGCGAUCCCACAGCCAGUCACAUGGAGCAACCAUAGGCUUUAGAGCAGUGUUUCACGAACUUGAGUUUGCUGCUGUUUUUGGACUACUCAUCAUCCCUGACCACUGUUCCUGCGAAUGAUGGGAGCUGUGGUCCAAAAACAGCUGGAGACCCAAGUUUGGGAAACACUGAUCUAGUGCUUGAGGCCAUAGCCUCAGAGUUUGGCUCUGGGAUAUAGCCUACUGCUGUCCAGAAGGCCAACCAGGCUUGCAUCACUUAAGACCAGGCUAGAUGAAGUAGGUACGUUGCAUGAGUCUCUCUCCUUAGCACCCAUUCAGCUGCAUUCUUGGCACAACAACAGCAGCACAGCCUCAGCGGGGAACCUGCAGCUCUUCCUAUGAUGCCGGACUUCAGUUCCCAGCAGCCCCCAGCCAGCAUGGCUAAUGGUCAGGGGUGAGUUUUGGAGUUCUACUCCAGCAAUAUCUGCAGAUGCGAAAAACAAGCAGAACCUCUGAGGCGCAUCUGCGUGUGUCCAGGUAGGGAUGCAGACCAGAGGCGCCAGCUUCUCCAGAGGACUGGGGGAGCCCGGUGCAACAUCACACACACACAUACACACAAAACAUCGUGCAAAAUCCUGGUGUUAUAAGGUGCCAGAGGGCUGGAGAUGAAUGCCCUCUGAACAUCGAGGGGGCCUUACCUCUCCAAAAAAUACAUUCAGAGGGCCAAAACUGCCUCAGCCCCUAUGAUGCAAACAGUUGAGAUAACCCAGCCUCAAGCUGCUUCUGGCCUUCAAAGUCAAACCUGCAAUUUAAUAGGACCUGGAAGUCCACUGGUAAGCAGCACAACUGGAACAGUAUUGGUGUGACAGUUCCUGUGCACACAGUUCCGGCAAGCACCUGGGCAGCCACGUUCUGCACCAGCUGAAGUCUCCACGCUAUCUUUAAAGGCAGUCCCGUGUAGAGUGCAUUACAGCAGUCCAGAUGAUCUGCAUCUGUAGCAGCACAACUGGAUGCCCCCAGCUGCAACAUAACCUGUCUCUCCCGUAUCGGUCUCUACAGCCGCAGCAGGUGCUGCAACCUUAGGAGCCAACUCCAAGGGGCCGAGGGGUCUUCGCGCCCCCCCCAAUAAAAUAUUUUAGGGGAUCAGCCCCUCCCCUAAUGAUGGGCAUUGCCAUUCAAAUGGUGUGUGUGCACCGCAUCAUGUGAUCAAUUAUGUGGGGCGGUGCUUACCUGCCUCCCCCCCCCCAUAUUUUAUUCAAGUUGGCAUCCCUGGCUGCAACCUUCCAAUGGUUUGACUUCACUCCAAUGGCCCACUCCUCCAUAAUAUCCCAAGAAAAGACGGAUGCCAACUAGUCUAGAUGAUGAGGAUGAACUAAAUUCAUAGACCUCUUCACAAGCCAUCAAAUCGGUGAACAAGAUAUGAUCUGAACAAAACAUAGAAACAAUUAAGGCUAGAUCCACUUUUGGAUUCCUCCCUGAUUUCAUUCAUUCUCAGGGUCAUUUUGUACGUUCUCAGUGAUAAAUUACUCUUGACAUUCCCAUAGAUUCUACCAAGGGUUCCAUGUCUAGAUUCCUCCCUGGACCGGGCACAUUGGAGAUUAUGCUUUGGCCACAAAUGAUGGGCCACCUUCUCCUUCCUGCCCCCUUGUUCCUUGCCCCAGUUUCAGCAGCACAGGAGUCAGGGUCUGACUCUCUCCCUUAGUCCAUAAACAGAUCUGCCCUUGUAUUCCUGGAGUCUGCUGUUUCCCUCCUAAACCUCCCAACAAGAAACAUCUCUCGCGGUUCAGAGAGUCUGGUUCUCCUUCGGCCACAGGGGGAAAAGUACAUUUGGUUUUUAACGACUUCGUUUUUCCAGAGGCUGGCUGCACGACGAAAGAAAUGAAAUAUGUCUCGUGCAAUUCAAAAAUGUUCAGGGGCGAGGGAAGCCCCUCGACAAGAUCUGUUUCGGCAGCCAGACAUCUGUAAAUGCUGCCAGUCCGGCAGCCGCAGGACCCGGGAGCAUCUUGCCUCCAUGUCCUCUGGUGCCUCGGAGACAGGAUGCAGCAGAGCAGGGCCAAGAAGCCCCUGGUUGUUGGGAUGAAUUAUGGACCCUUUGGCUUCGCAAGGGAACCUUCUGUCUGCGGCUGAGGCUCUCCAGAGUCACAGAGGUGGAUGCUGGAUUUAACAUCUCCUGCCUCUGCUCAACUGUGGCAAGGAACCUCCCAGCGUUAUCUACAAGGAGAGGAAAUAGUCUGGGAAUGUGUCAGAAAGGGACAAAGUGCAGCACUGGGUUCAGAAUCCCUUUCCCAUCCGCUCUCUUGACAGCUGAGGAUGAAUUCAUCACAUCCUUCCAGAAACAGACCUGGAUGCCAUGUUCCCACUCCACCAUAGCCAGCUGAAAACUCUGUGUGCUUAAAAGUCAAACAGCACGGCUAGUUGCUCUGUUUACCUUCCUAUCUUUGUUUGUUUAAGAGAAUUAUAUCCUGCCCUUCAGUAUUUCUCUUCUCGGGGAAGCUUACAAAAUUAAACAGUUGAAAAUCAGUGCUUUUCUUCUAGGGGGAAAAAGGUGCUGGUACUGCAUACCAUUCAGUAGCCCCCAGAAAAAAGCACUGAACAAAAUAAUAUUUUUUAAAAAAAAAAUCAGUGAGAAACCAAUGAGACUGGAGUGCAUGGCAGCCAUCUGUGAGCGAUUUCUGCAGCAGUUCCAGGAGAAAUUUGCUCCAGUCUGCAGCACCCUGGGAGAUGCAGGACUUGCAGACCCAAUGUCUAAAGUAGCACCUUCACGUACUUGAUGGGAUCGAUUUCAGUUCAUGCAGCUUGGUGAUGUGAACAGGGCACUUGCAAUGAUGGGACCAUUAUUAUUAUUAUUAUUAUUAUUAUUAUUAUUAUUAUUAUUUCAACUUAUACACCAUCCUAUACAUGGAGGUCUCAGGGCAGUUCACAACAGGACCACAACAUAUAAAAUCAAACCAAAUCAAACUAAAUGCAAUAAAAUCAAACCAAAUGCAAUAACCCAGUAACCCCCCCCUCCAAAAAAGCCACAUUCUAAAAGGGUGUUGGAUGUCAAUAAGAUCCACCAAAGGCUUGGUUAAAAAGGAACGUUUUUGCCUGGUGCCGAAAGGUGUAUAAUGGAGAGAGCAUUCCACAGAUGGGGAGCCACUACAGAGAAGCCCGUUCUUGGGUUGCCACCCUCCGGACAUCUCGAGGAGGAGGCACACGAAGGAGAGCCUCAGAAAAUGAUCUCAGGGUCCGGGUAGGUUCAUAUGGGAAGAGGCGGUCCUUGAGGUACUGAGGUCCUGAGACAUUUAAGGCUUUAUAGGUCAAAACCAGCACUUUGAAUUGGGCCCGGAAACUAAUUGGUAGCCAGUGCAGUUAGACCAGGAUUGGUGGUGUUGUUGUUUAGUCGUUUAGUCAUGUCCGACUCUUCGUGACCCCAUGGACCAGAGCACGCCAGGCACUCCUGUCUUCCACUGCCUCCUGCAGUUUGGUCAGACUCAUGCUGGUAGCUUCGAGAACACUACCCAACCAUCUCGUCCUCUGUCGUCCCCUUCUCCUUGUGCCCUCCAUCUUUCCCAACAUCAGGGUCUUUUCCAGGGAGUCUUCUCUUCUCAUGAGGUGGCCAAAGUAUUGGAGCCUCAGCUUCAGGAUCUGUCCUUCCAGUGAGCACUCAGGGCUGAUCUCCUUAAGAAUGGAUAGGUUUGAUCUUCUUGCAGUCCAUGGGACUCUCAAGAGUCUCCUCCAGCACCAUAAUUCAAAAGCAUCAAUUCUUUGGCGAUCAGCCUUCUUUAUGGUCCAGCUCUCACUUCCAUACAUCACUACUGGGAAAACCAUGGCUUUAACUAUACGGACCUUUGUUGGCAAGGUGAUGUCUCUGCUUUUUAAGAUGCUGUCUAGGUUUGUCAUCACUUUUCUCCCAAGAAGCAGGCAUCUUUUGAUUUUGUUACUGCUGUCACCAUCUGCAGUGAUCAUGGAGCCCAAGAAAGUAGAAUCUCUACUGCCUCCAUUUCUUCCCCUUCUAUUUGCCAGGAGGUGAUGGGCCCAGGAUUGGUGUAAUAUGCGCCAACCAUCUUGCUCCAGUGACUACCUCCUUGCUGUCUUGAUUCCUGUCCAUCCUGGCUGGCGAAUGGCAGUCUAGGGGACAGGGGACAAUUGGCUGGGUGGGUCUAGAGUGUGGUGAACAUGUGAUGAAGUGAGUCCCCUGCCCUUAAACAGGUGGUAGUGUAUGCACUCCUGCAGAAGCCCACCUUGGAUCUUGCAGCUGUUAACAACUGCCACCUGGUCACAAAUACCCUGUUCUUGGUGGAGUUGGUGGAGAGCGGUGGCAGAGCAGAUUCAUUUCAAUCUGGGUUCAGGCUUGAUUUUGGAACUAAAUCCAACUUGGUCAACCUAACGGGUGACCUGUACUAGCAAUGCAACUCCGCUCCUGCCUCUCAAUCUCAUCCAGACUUCUUUUCAUGUCGCGUUACCUGGCACAGGCCCAUGCUUUAAAACGCUCUGUCCAAGCACUUUCCCCACCUUUUUGCCCUGGCAAUUUCCGCACAGAAACCUGCUCUUUAGUGCUGAAUCGGAACAGAUGGCAAUCCAUGGAAAAUACGAAUUGCCAUUGGUUCCGAUUCAGUGGCAAAGAGGCAAGUUUUCCUGGGGAAAGUAGGGGGCAGGGAGUUCUCAGACACAGAGCUUUAAAGCAGAGGCCUGUGCCUAGAAAACACAGGGCAAAAGUUGGGUGCGGAUGAGCUCUCUUUUAGCGCUCAUAUCUGACAAGAGCUAUUUGUUCAGUACUGUGGACCAACUAAGAUCAGACAGGCCCCUUCCCUGUUGAACCGCAGGUGCUUGAUGAAAAAGACCUUUCCAUUUCAGCAGAAGUCAUUUUAAAAGAAUACUCUGCCUAUUUAUUGUGUUUGUGUUUGUUGGUGUGUGUGUGUGUGUGUGUGUUAAUCUGUGAUUUCUAAUACACCACUUUAUUUUGAUUGAUGGGUUGCUUUUAUUGAUUGUUGCAGUAA